AUGUGGAGCAUGGAGUAUUUUACAUGGUUUGUCUCUUUGCUUCCGGGAUUAGUAGAAUCUUCAUAUCCGAAAUACUUGGAUUUUAAGAAAAAAACAACAACAACAACGACGACAAAAAAACUUGAAACAAAGGUUAUCUCAAUCGGCCUUAAACCUGAUUGGACUAAUAAGAAAUCUCAAGUUGGGCCUGAUAAGAAAGCCCAAAUUGUGAAGUAAAAACAUUCGCCAAACAUUCUCUCUAGCUAUCUCGUUUGCGUUGGCUCUCUGAUUCCACUUUGAAUAGUCAUUGAUAGAUCGAGCAACUUCACACCGAUCUCUAAUCGAACCGCCAUUCAUAUUCACAUGGUUUUGAUAGAUCUUUAUCGACUCGUUGUCGUUCUUUGUAUCCCUGAGAAUUUUUUUCUCUUUGUAAGGAUCUUAUCAUUGAUCUUGAUAGGGUGAGAGAUCUGUGAGCUCGAGUUUAUUUAUUCCCUCACUAAUUGGCAAUCAAAGAGACAUGUCACGUAAGGCAUGGAGAUGGGUGUUAGGUCUUAUAUACAUAUUCGCCGUCGCCACGAUUUGGAUCGCGGCCAGCUUCGUAGUCCAGUCCGUGGUGGACGCAGGGGUCUCUCCCUUCUUGAUCACUUUCAUUUGUAACUCUCUCUUCGUCGUUUACCUUCCUCUCUUCGAGAUCGGUCGGUACCUCGAAGAUUCGUACGGAAGUUUAAUGUUUUGGAGAAACAAAAGGUCUCAUUUGCUCGAACUGGUCGAAUCAGACAAGGCUGUUUUGCUUGGUCAGGGUGGUGUGAAGUCAGAUAGAUUGGAAAGUUUAGAGCUUGAGGUUGGUAGUGGUGGGAAAGGGUUAGAUGAGAAGGGACGUUGGACGAGGUUGCGUGUUGCUAAAGUAAGCCUUGUGAUAUGUCCGUUUUGGUUCUUGGCGCAGCUUACUUUCAAUCUCUCUCUCAAGUACACGACCGUUACGUCGAAUACUAUCUUAAGCAGCUCAUCAAGCCUAUUCACGUUUCUGGUAUCACUAAUAUUCUUGGGAGAGAAGUUCACGUGGUUGAAGCUCAUCAGCGUUCUUCUUUGUAUGUCUGGGACCAUUAUUGUGAGUCUGGGAGACUCGGAGUCCAACUCAACUGCAACGGCUAAGAACCCUCUUCUUGGAGAUGUUCUUUCUCUGAUCUCGGCGGUGUUUUACGCUGUUUACAUCACUCUUAUACGCAAAAAUCUUCCUGAUGAUGAUGAAGGUAGCGGCCGGUUUAGUAUGGCUCAGCUUCUUGGGUUUCUAGGUCUCUUCAACUUCUUUAUUUUCUUACCUGGUGCUCUGAUACUCAACUUCACAAAGAGAGAACGGUUCAACGCACUGACCUCGAAACAGUUGGGUCUGGUGGUUGGCAAAGCGUUUUCAGGUUUGUUAGAUAAUGUACUCAGUGACUACCUUUGGGCAAAGGCUGUGCUUUUGACAGCGACCACGGUGGCAUCGGCUGGGCUGACCAUUCAGGUUCCAUUGGCAGCGAUUGUAGACAGCUUAUCGGGGAACAAACCAAGCUUCACCGACUUCAUUGGUGCUGUAGCUGUAAUGGUUGGCUUUGCAGGCAUCAAUAUUCCACUAGAGAUGUUUUACAGAUCCAAAGAGACAUCUAUUAUUGAGUUAGAACCUGGAACAUCGUUCACAGAUCCUCCUCAGGUUGUGUCUGAUAGCAUAGGAGUAGAUUCUUCAGAGACACUAGUGUCCUAACUGCCACGAUGCUUAUAUCUCUUUACUCUUUUAUUUUCUGAUUUUUUAAUCUGUAAAUCGUUGAAGGUCGAUAUACGAAUAUAGUUGAAAAAAUAGUAAUAAAAAUCGUUCAAAAUUAUUUGACUCA